AUGGCGGGCCACCCCGCCGAGACCAGACCCCUGCUGGGGCAUCAUCCAGCAUCAUCUAGCAUCAUCCUGCAGCAUCCGCAUCAUCCAGUAUCAUCCGGCAUCAUCCCGCAUCAUCCAGCAUCAUCCCGCAUUAUCCAGCAUCAUCCAGUAUCAUCCCUUACCAUCCAGCAUCAUCCCGCAUCAUCCCGCACCAUCCAGCAUCAUCCCGCACCAUCCAGCAUCAUCCAGCAUCAUCUAGCAUCAUCCCGCACCAUCCAGCAUUAUUUGCAUCAUCCCGCAUCAUCCAGCCAUCAUCCCGCAUCAUCCAGCAUCAUCCCGCACCAUCCAGCAUCAUCCCGCACCAUCCAGCAUAAUCCAGCAUCAUCUAGCAUCAUCCCGCACCAUCCAGCAUCAUUUGCAUCAUCCCGCAUCAUCCAGCGUCAUCCAGCAUCAUCUAGCAUCAUCCUGCAGCAUCCACAUCAUCCAGCAUCAUCUAGCAUCAUCCAGCAUCAUCCCGCAUUAUCCAGCAUCAUCCAGUAUCAUCCCUUACCAUCCAGCAUCAUCCCGCAUCAUCCCGCACCAUCCAGCAUCAUCCCGCACCAUCCAGCAUCAUCCCGCAUUAUCCAGCAUCAUCCAGUAUCAUCCCUUACCAUCCAGCAUCAUCCCGCAUCAUCCCGCACCAUCCAGCAUCAUCCCGCACCAUCCAGCAUCAUCCAGCAUCAUCUAGCAUCAUCCCGCACCAUCCAGCAUCAUCCCGCACCAUCCAGCAUCAUCCAGCAUCAUCUAGCAUCAUCCCGCACCAUCCAGCAUUAUUUGCAUCAUCCCGCAUCAUCCAGCGUCAUCCACAUCAUCCCGCAUCAUCCAGCAUCAUCCCGCACCAUCCAGCAUCAUCCCGCACCAUCCAGCAUCAUCCAGCAUCAUCUAGCAUCAUCCCGCACCAUCCAGCAUCAUUUGCAUCAUCCCGCAUCAUCCAGCGUCAUCCAGCAUCAUCUAACAUCAUCCUGCAGCAUCCACAUCAUCCAGUAUCAUCCGGCAUCAUCCCGCAUCAUCCAGCAUCAUCCCGCAUUAUCCAGCAUCAUCCAGUACCAUCCUUUACCAUCCAGCAUCAUCCCGCAUCAUCCCGCACCAUCCAGCAUCAUCCCGCACCAUCCAGCAUCAUCCAGCAUUAUCUAG